GGAUUAAGAACUUAUACAAAAAUAAAAAGUAAAGGUAUUAUAGCCGAUGUUUUUAUAAAAGAUAAAGAAAUUAUGGCUCAUGAUAUAUACAUAAACAAAUCUAAAGAAAUAAAUAUCUUCCUUAAAAACUUAUCAUUCUUCUUAUUGUCCUACAAGGUCAUAAAAUACCAAGUCUAUGAAUAUAAAUACGAUAAUAAUUCUGGAGAUAUAAAAAAUACAAACUUUAAUAUAAACCAUAAAGUAAUACAAAAAAGAUUUAUUAAUAAGCAAGAAUUAUGUGAUGAAAAUAUUGUUAAAAAGGAAUUAUAUGGAAAUGAAGAUUUGUAUGAUUAUGAAACAGACGAAUAUUCUGUUAAUGAAAGUAAUGAUGAUAACGAUUUGAGGGAUAAUCAAUCUAGUAAUAGUGAUUUUUUUGAGGAAACAUUUUCAGACGAUAUGGUAUAUAUAAAUGAUGGAAAAGAAAAAAAUGAUAUAUUUACAUCUAAUUUAAACAAUUCAAAUAAAUCAUUUGAUUCCAAUUCUAAUUGCUCAAGUAGAAGAAAGGAGAAUGAUUUAAAAAUUAAAAAAAAUAAAAUUAUAAAUGUUUACCCUAAAUAUCAAAAGUUAUAUAAUGACACAGAUACAGCUAUUUCUAUAUUAAUAAAUCCACAGUUUGCCUCAUUUUUUAAAAUUGAAUUAUUUUUAUUUAUAAAAGGAUAUUCAAAAGAAGAAAAGGUUGUUAUAUAUUUGAAAAGUAUAACACCAGAAAUAUAUAUAUCAAACAGCAUAAAGGAUUUAGAUACAAUUCUUAUAAAUACUUGUAAAUCCUUACAUUUUGAGCUUAGUAAUAAUCAUGCUAUGGAUGCAUCUAUGACAAUAGAAAAUUCAGAUGAUUACUAUAAUGAAUAUAAAAUCGAAACUAACAAAUUUAUUAUACCUGCAAAUUCAACGUAUUUACUUAUUAUUGCAUAUAUACCAACAAGACAUGGUCCUUUUGAAAAGACAUUUAUAAUUCAUCAAAAAUAUACAAAUGUUAAAAAAAAUCUAAAAAUUAUAGGUACUUGUAUACUUCCAGAUAUUAAACUUGAUAUAGAUGAGAUAAAUUUUAAUCAAGUAUCACAUAGUUUUUUAUAUGAAAAAAGCUUUCAUAUUAUUAAUAAUUCACACUUAACUUUAAAUUAUUCAUUUAAAUAUAAUAAUGAAUUAAAUGAAGAAAUUCAAAUGGUAAAACCAUUUGGUGAAUUACUAAAAUAUGGAAAAGAACCAAUUGUUAUAAAAUUUUGUCCUAAGUAUAUAAAGACGUAUUUUUAUAAUAUAGAAUUUUUCAUAGAUGAAAUCAAAACAUAUAAAAUUAUACUACCAUUCCAUGCUAUUUGUUGUAAACCUAUAGUUGUGUGUGAACCUCUUUUUUUAAACCUUGAAAAUAUUAUCAUAGAUCAAAUAUAUACAGAAAAAAUAAAAAUAAUUAAUGAAUCACAAGAAACUGAUAUAAAAUAUGAAUUCAUAUUAGAAGAAAAAAUAAAAGAUAUUUGUUCUUUCGAUGUUUUUGAGAAUGAAGGGAUAAUAGAAAGAAAUACUUUUAAAUCUAUUGGUAUAUCUUUAAAAAGUAAUAGUAUAGGCAAUAUAUUAAUUGUUAUAAAAAUUAAAAUUUCUGGUUUGGAUGAUUUCUUAUUUUUUAAUAUAAAAGCUUUUUGUACUUGUCCAUAUAUAAAAAUAAUUCCAAACAUUAUCGACUUUGAAAAAUGUAAUUGUUUAGAUGUUAAACAAAAGCUUAUUGAAAUAAAAAAUGAAAGUCCUAUUAGUACAUUUAUUACUUUGUCUAAUGAGAAUUCGGUGUUUACUUAUUCUAAUAAUAGUUUUUACAUACAGCCAAAUAAGUCUGUUUUUAUAAGUAUAUAUGCACAAUGUUUAGAAACAAUAACAUAUAAUGAUAUAUUAAUUGUAACUGUUCAUGGAAAGGAUGAUAUGCAUAUACCAAUAAUGGCACAGGGUAUCGGAUCACCAAUUUUUAUCAAUGAGGAAGUCAUAAACUUUGAGACAGUUAACACAAGCAAAAAAUAUUUCCACGAACUAAUCAUUUUUAAUAAAGGUAUAAACGAAAGAAAUAUAUAUUUUGUAUUUGAAUCAGAAAAAAAUAGAAAGAGAAAAAGUGAACAAGUACAAAUAUUUAAUGUUACACCACAAAAUUUGUCAAUUAAAGGAGGGAAUAAUAUUGUGUGUAUUUUAAAUUGUUUUAAUAUAAAGGAAGAAAAGUGUGAAGAUAUACUUUACAUAUAUGAUGAUAUUGCAAGAAACAAAAAAAAAGUAUUAAAUAAUUAUAAAAAAAUAAAUAUCUUAGCUACAUUUGUUCAUCCGGAGGUUGAGUUGGGUGAAGUCGAAAAUUUUGUUUAUAAUUUUAAUGAUUACCAUGAUAUAGAUGAAAUAGGCACAAUUGAAAAAAGACAUAAAAAAGAUAACAAUAAAAAGAAAAAAUAUAUUAAUGAUAAAAUAAAUGAUAAAAUAAAUGAUGAUAUAAAUGGUAAAAUAAAUGAUAAUAUGAAUGAUAAUAUAAAUAAUAAUAUUAAGGAUAAAAUAAAUAAUGAUAUAUAUAAUUUAAAUAGCAAAACCUAUCAAGAAAAAAAAAUAAUUCUUAUAAAAGACAAAAAACAAUUAAUGCAAGAAGUUGAAAUUUGCAAUUUAAAAAAUGCAAAUAUAAAAUUUGCUUUGUCUAUUAAAGAUCCAUUUUUCGUACCAUGUGAUAUAAUAGAAUUGAAGGGUAAGGAGAAAAAGAAAGUACCGAUAUAUUUUGAUAUAAAUUAUAUGAAUAAUAAAUUAAAUACUACAUAUCAAGAAAAUUUGAUAAUAAAUUAUUUUGAAAAUAGUAGAAGACAAAAGUAUGAAUUAGUCGGACAAACAAUAUACCCUAAUAUUAUUAUGAACAAAAGUUGUAUAGAUUUUCAAUAUAUUUUACAAAACUUAUAUGCUCAAGAAUAUGUUGAAAUAACAAAUGUAUGUAAUUAUAAAAUAUAUUUUAAAUGGUUUUUUGAAGAUAAUAUUUUAUAUAAAAAUUUUAAUGAAGUUUUUGAUAUAAACCCUAAUAGAGGUUAUUUAUUACCACUUGAAAAAAAAAUAAUAAAAAUAACAUAUAAUAGUAUUAAUGAAAAUUAUUAUAAUAUUACUAUAUUAUGUCAAAUAAAAAAUGGACCUAUGUAUCCACUGAAAAUAAUUGCUGGUUAUUCAGAAAUAAAAUAUUAUAUAAAUAAAAAGAUACUUGAAUAUAAUAUACAUUAUAAAUCAAUAGGAGAAGAUAUUAUAACAAUACAAAAUAUUGGCAAAAUAAAAUUAUUUAUUGAAAUUAUUUAUAAUAUAAAAUUUCCAUCUUUAUUAUAUACAAAUAUCAAUAAUUUCUUUAUUGAACCAAACAAUAGUAGAGACAUCAUUUUUUAUUUUAUUCCAGGUAUACCUAUAAAUGUAAUAGACAAUAUAUUAAUUAAAAUUUGUAAUUUUGAAGAAAUAAAAAUAAAAUUGAAAUCAUUCAAUACAUGCAAUAUUUUAUAUUUAAACAUAAACCAAUUAGAUAAUCAUCAAUCAAUUAUAAAAGAUCAAAAUUGUGUAUUACAAGAUGUUGAUAAUAUACAGGACAUGGAUACAACAUAUUAUUCUAAAAUGAAAUAUAAUUCUAUAAAUAAAAAGAAUUAUUUUAAAAACAUAAAUAAUUUAUUAAAAAAUAAUUUUCAUUUAUAUGAUAACUUGCAAAAUGAUUAUUAUGAAAAUGAAAGGAAUGUUCUUAUUAAAAAACUCAAAAACAUGUAUUCAGAUCAUUUUUCAUCAUUAAGAAAGUAUAUACAAGAAAUAUUAGAUAUAUAUAACAGCACAAAUAGAAAUAAUAAAAAUAGUGAUGAUGAAGAUGAUGAUAAAGAAAUAAUGGAAGAUAUAAAUAUUAUGAAUAAAAAAGACAGUACAAAAAAUGAAAAAAUGUUUAUGAGAACUAGUAUUAUACAUACUAGUGAAAAGCUUUCGAAGAAUAAUAUGAAAUGUAAAUAUGACUUGAUACCAAUAUUAAAAAAUUACACUUUAAACAAAAAUAUAAAUUGUCUUAUAUUUCUUGAUUUGCUAAAAUCUUUAAUUCUGAAUCACAAGGAUGAUAAAUAUAUUCUGGAAAUAUUCUCAAAGCUUAAAAAAUUAGUCCAUUUUGAAAAACUAUUUUGCCAUGCAUAUACCACAAAUGAAUUCAUUUUAAAAUACCUAAAGAGAAUAAUUUUAGAAAAAAAUAUGGAACUAAGAAAUAUUUUGCUAGAUGUAGGAAAUAUAAUAAUUAAUGAAAAAAAAGAAUAUUCAAUUACCAUAAAAAAUGUAAGUAAUAAAAUGAUUACAUUAAAUUAUAUUUUGAAGAAUUCAGAAACAAAUGAUAUCAAAUUAAUCAAUGAGCAUAAAGAAAUUGAUUGUAAUGAUUCAAUUAUUUUUAGAAUAAUAAUUCAAAAAAGCAAUGGAAUAGAAUAUAUAUAUAUGGAAAAAAUAUAUAUAUAUUUAAAUGAUAAUAAUUAUUAUACUAUCAAUUUAAAAUAUGAUUUCAUAAUACCUGAUAUAUUUCUAUAUUAUAGACAACUACAUUUUGAAGGGGUAGAAUUAAAAACUUGUUGUUGUAAAGUUAAUAGAUUAAUAAAUACGAAAAAUGUAAAUAUAAAAUUUAAAAUAAAAAAUAUUACUUUUUAUAAUAAAAAGUUAGAAUAUUAUCAUUUAAAAAAGAAAAAACAAUUUUUUAUAUACCCAAACAAAGGAAUUAUUAAAAAAAAUUCUUUUUUAGAUAUGAAUCUAUUUUUCGAACCUUCUAAUAUUUAUACAAAUGCAAAAAUCCAAAUUGAAAUAUUUAUAUAUAAUUCCAAUUUUAUCAAAAAUAUAAUUGUAUAUUUAAAUAGUAUAAAACAUAAUAUAAAUAUAUAUCCAUGUGAUAUAAUCAUCAAGCCUUUAUUAUAUAAUAGUGGACAUUCUUAUCAAAUGAUUAAAAUAAAUAAUCUUAAUAACUAUUCUAAAUAUUUAUUUAUAUACAAAUUGGAUAUUUACUAUAAAUAUUUUCAAAGUUUUAUAUAUGAUCUAUUAAAUAUACAUAAACAUAUAUAUAUAGAAAAGAAUCAUGAAAACGAUUUUUUCUAUACUAAUUUAGUAUAUUAUUUAAUGGAUAUUUAUAUAAACAAAAUGGAAUAUAUAGAUAAUCAGAAUUAUUAUGACAAUAAACAAUUUUAUAAUAAAGAUAUAUGUGACAUGAACGUGUCUCAAACAAAUAAAGAUAUGAUUUUAUAUAAGGAUAAAUGUAAAGAAAAUAAUGUUACCUAUAAUGAGGACAUAACCCAUGUAAAUCAGAACGAAUGUAAAACAAAAAAGAAUAUUUCAAAUAAUACAAAUAAAAAAAAAGUAAAAAGACAAAAUGAUUAUAUUAACAUACCAAAUGAUAUUAAAAAUAUACUGAAGGAUAAUAUAAAUGAAGCAAAAAUUCAACAGUGUGAAGAGAAAAAAAAAUAUAUUAUUAAAAAUAAUAACGUCAAAGAUAGAAAUGUAUUAAAAAAAAAAAUUAACAUUUUAGAGGACAUUAUUAAAAAGAACCAAACAAAAUAUAAUUAUUUUGAUGAAUAUCUAAAUAUAAUAAAAAUGAAAAAAAACAAAUUUAAGGACAAUUAUAUAAUUGUUUGUCCAAAAUAUCUUGAUCAUAAAAAAAUUGCCAGCUAUUUGUCAGAACAUAAAAUUCAUCCCAAAUUUAAGGAACAAAAUGACGUCCAGAUGACCUUUAAUAAUAUAGAAACUAUUACUAAUCAUAAUAUGAAUAGUGGUGAUAUAAAUAAUAACAAUUGUUAUAAUAACAAUGAACAAUUUAAAAGUAUACCUAGUAAAAAUAAACAAUAUUCUCAUCAAAAUAUUAAUUUUAAUAAUAAUAACAUUUUAACAGUUGAUAAAAUUUUUCAUUGGUGUGUUGAAUUGAAUGAAAAAGAAAAUUAUCCUUUGAAAAUAAAAAACAAUUUUAUAGAUUACCUAAUUCAUGAAAUUGAAGUGAAGAAUAAUAAAAAGAAUUUCUCAAAAAAUUUUAGUAUGUCAAAUAUAAAGGAACAUAUGGAUAAUAAUAACAAAACAAAGAAUGAUAAUAAAACGACAUUUGGAAGUCACCAAUGUUAUUAUAUUAGCGAUAUAUUAAAUAUGAAUGAUAAAAGAAAAGAAAAAGAAGGCCUAGAAUUAAAUACAAAUGUUACUAUAAAUAAUAUAACUGAAAAUGUUGCGACACAUACAAUAAGCAAUGAAAAAGACAUAUAUAAUAUUAAAGAUACAAGCGAUGAAGAAAAAAAUAUAAACAAUAUAAAUGACACAUUUUGUGUCUCUAUAAAUAAGAAUACUAAUUUUAUGGAGAAGAAGAAAAAAUUUAUAAAUAUAUAUAAAAAUAAAAUAAAAAAAAAAUUUCAUAUAAAAAAUGUUAAAUCAAAAAUAGAUAAUAAACAUAUAUCUUAUAUUAAUAAAAAAGAAAACAAAUAUGAAAAUGAUACAAUAAAAAAGAAUAAAAAGAAUCAAGAAACUGAAUAUUUUUUAUCAGAUGAGAAAACAUUUUUUUACAAAUAUAAUUUAAAAUACAAAUUUGAAUAUUUAAAACAUUUUUUCCAUUUUGCUCUAUUAAAUGAUGAUGAAUUCAUGAAUAAUAUCAAAAUAUUUUUAAACGAAACAAUUCUAUUGGAAAAGAAAAAGAAUAAAAAUGAUAAUAUUAUGAAGAAAAAAAAUAAUAUGAUGAAUUUACUACAAAUAAUUCUCAAAAAAUUGUUAUUAUCUCCUAACUAUAUAAAUGGUGUUGUUUUUUUUUUUAAAAAAAAUGAAUAUAUAAAUUCAGAAAUGUUUUUUAACAUAUUUAUAAAUAUACAUACUGAUCAAAAUAUUUUUAUCAUAUAUUUGAAUCCAAUCGAAAAUAAUGAGGAGUAUAUUAAUAUUAAUCUUACUAAAGACCAUGUAAUAAAGGAAACAUCUGAAAUGAAGAUGAAAGGAUUAAAAAAAGAAAUAUAUAAAGAUGAAAAAGAAAUGAAAAAAAAGAACGAAUCAUUUGAGGUACAAAGAAUUAAACUCUUUUAUGAAAAAUUAGUCAAAAAUUUUCAAGAAAAAAUAAAAAGUAAAUUAAAUGAAAAAGAGAAAAUUGAAAAAAUCAUAGAAUCAAUUGAUCUAAAUAAAGAUAGUAAAGAUGUAGAAGAUACAAAUGUGUGUGAUGAUGAGGAAAAGGAAGCAUUAUCUAAUAUAAAGACAGACUAUGAUAAAGUAUAUGAAUGCAAAGAAGAAAAAAAAAACAUCUCAGAUAUAUCCAAAGAAAUAAAUACAGAAGAAUGCAAAAAUAUGUUUGAUAAUAAUAAUAAUACAAAUGUUGCAGAUUCAAAAAGUUAUGAAGAAAAUGACGAAAAUGAUGAAAAUGAUGAAAAUGAUGAAAAUGAUGAAAAUGAUGAAAAUGUUUCAACAAAUAAUAUGAAUAUACAAAAUGAUAGUAUUCAUAAAUAUAGACCUAUAGAACAAUUAUAUUACGAAAUUGUGAUAAAAAAAAAAAAUAUGAACAUUCAAUUGAACAAUAAAUAUAUGAAUGAAUUAUGCUUAGAAUGCUCAAUGAGAAAGGAUAAAAUUGAUAGUCAAAUUAUUAAAUAUAAUAAAAAAAUUAAUAAAAUUAAUGAUUUAAUAAAAUCAAACAGUUAUAUUGAUCAUGUAUCAUUUUAUAAGGAAAUCAAAGAGACAUUACAAAAUUUAUGGAAUGAAUAUACAAACAGAAAAAAUGUAAAUAUCUCCAUUUUUGAUGAGCAAUCAAAGAAUAUAUAUCAUAUGUCAAAUAUGAACAACAAGGAAAAUGAAAAUGAUACUUUAUCAUUUGAUGAUCCUCAUCAUAAUAUGUUUGAUGCAAAAACAAUAAAAAAGGAUAAUAACAAAAAUUAUUUAAUAAAACAAAUAAAUCUUCAACUUAGUGAAGAUUAUGUUGAUAAGCUAAAAGAAGAAAUAAUUGAGAACAAAGAUAUAUAUAGAGAUAUAAAUAAUAUGAACAACAUAUUAUAUAGUGAAAAGAAUAAUGACAUUAAUGAUAUAAUAAAUGUAUCAAAUAAUAUUUUCACCGAAUUAAAUGAAAUAAAACCGCCUAAUGAUCAUAUAUCAAAUUUGAAAGACGAAAAUGUUCAUAUUUUUAAUGAAAAAUUUUCUAAUGAAAACAUUUCUAAUGUUACAAAAAAUAAUUUAAAUAUUAACAAUCAUAAAAAUAAUAUGAUACUUAAAAAUGUGAAUGUCAAUGUGAAUGUGAAUGUCAAUGAAAAAAAAGAGGAAUUACAAGAAUGUGUAGAUAAUAAAAAUAUACAUACCCUAACUAUAAUUAACACAAAUGAUGAGUUAAUGAAAUAUAUGAAAAAAAAUUUUGUUCAAAUAAACUUUUGUUAUUUCUUUAUAAACAAUGAUAUAGAUUUUGGAAAAAAAAAAAUAGCAGAUAAAAUAUUUAAGUGUUCAGAGGAAAAAUAUAAAGACAUUAAAACGUCUGCAUACCUUUUUGAUAUACCAAUACAAAGGAAAUUCGAUUCAUUUGAUAUGAAACAUUUUGUGAAUGAAAAAAAUAAUUUAGACGAAUAUGAAGACAAUUUCUAUUUUUAUAGUGAGAAGGAAGAAGAAACUGGAUAUGAACAAAUAGAAGAAGAAAAAAGAAGCGACCUUUCGGGGAUACAUAAAAAUGGUGAUAUGAAUAAUGACAUUCAGAUGAAUGAAGGAAAAGAAGAAAAAUUUUAUAAAGAUAAAGAAAAGGAGAAAAAGAAGAAGAAGAAGAAGAAAAAAAAAAAAGAAGAAAAGGACAAAAAAAGGAAUCAAGAAAAUGAAGAAAAAGAAAAUGAGAAAGAUAAGGAAAGGAAUAAGGAAAAAGAUAAAAAUAAAAAAAAGGAUAAAAAAAAUAGGAAUGAGGAAAAAUAUACAGAAAAUAAAUACGAAGAGGAAAUGGAUAAGGGAAAAAUGGAAAAUGAUAAUAUAAAAAAGGAGAAUCAUAAAAAAAAUGACAAGAACAAAAAAAAUGAUAAUGAUAUUGUAAAAGAAUAUAAUGAAAAGGAGCAAAAAGAGGACAAAAAUUAUAUCAACGAAAAUGCUGAUGAGAAAAAAAAAAAAACAAAAAAAAAGGAUAAAAGAAAAUAUGAUAAAAAGGAAGAAACAGAAGAAAUAGUCCUAGAAGGAACCAUAAAAACAUUUAAUGAAAAGAAAAGCAAAAAGAAUGACAAAAAUAAGGAUAAUAUUGAUGACAAAAUAAAUGACAAAAUACAUAACAAAAUAAAUAACAAAAGAGCUGAUAAAUAUCGAGGAGAUAAUGAAAAUGAAUAUAUUAAAAAUCAUCAAGAAACAGAAAAUAAGAAAGAAAAAAUGGCAGAUAAAUCAAAAGAGAGUUAUAAGAAAAAUUUAUAUAAUUCAUAUGAUAAAAAUAAGAAUACUGAUAUAAACAAAUAUUCUACGGAAAAUAUUAAAGAAUAUUCUAAUAUAGAUGAACAAAAUAUGUAUAUAAAUGAAAAGGAACAUAUAGAUGAAUAUAAUCAUGAAUUUCUAGAAAAACGGAAAUAUGAUAUAAAAUGUGAGUAUGAUUAUAUAUUUUAUAAUGAUGAUAAUAUUAAUAACAAUAGUAAAAUAUAUGACCACAAUAAUAACGAUAAUAAUAAUAAUUAUUAUGAUAAUAAUAAUGAUAAUCAUAUUAUUAUUAAUAAAAAAUGUUAUAAUAGUCAGGAAAAUAUAAUUGAGUUUCAACAAAUUGAUACUUCUUAUGAUCUUAAGGACAAUAUAAGAUAUAAAAAUAUUACACACUUAAUGCUAGAAAAGAAUAGCUUUGAAGACAUAUAUUUAAAAAUUAAUACAUGUAAAAUAAUAAAUAUAAAAAAGAAAAUAUGUUUAAUAGAUAUUUUAGGGAAUAUAUUUUUUAUAAAUAUCCAUAUUAUUAUUGACAAACCUAGAAUAUAUACAAAUCCUUAUUUCGUAUUUAAUAAUAAUGUUUCUAUAUUUCCUAGAAAUAAUUCUUUCGUUUUAUCAAAUAAAUCAUAUCAUUUUGAUAGAGUUUUAAUUGGGAAAAAUAUUCACUUAUUUAAAGAUAUAAUUCAAACAGAAUUAAAAGAAGAAUUUGAAGAAAAUAUUAUAAAGUUCAUAAGACAUUUUGAAGGUAUAUAUAUAUCUAAACUAAAAACAGUAUCCAAAUUAAAGACAAAAAAUAUUGUACCUAAUAUAGAGACUAUGGAAAAGGAUAAUAAACAUCAAGUUAAUAAUAUUGAUAUAACAAGAAAUAAGGAUAUUUUAAAAAAUUUAUAUAAACAUAUUCAAAUAAUAAAUUUCUUUAAUUAUUCUCAUUUUGAUUGUUUUGUUGAACUUUCAUUUGAAUCCAAAUUAAAUCAUGGUAAUAAAGAUAUUGUAGUAUUAAACGAAUUGAAUGAUUCCGAACUUUUUUUAUCAUUUAAUGAUUUUUAUGUAUAUCCUAGUAAAUUCUUUCUGUUAUCUAAAAAAUGUAAAAAAAUAAUUCUUUUAUUUUUACCAAAAAAUGUGGAGUCAUACGAAGAAAGGCUAUUUUUAUAUAAUUAUUCUAUAAAAGAUGAAUCAAAUGAAACUAUGGAAUAUGCAAAUAAUAAACAAAUAUAUAAUAUAAAGGGGAAAAAAGAAUCAAAUAAAAAUAUUGAUAAAAGUCCUAAUAAUGUGCUUUCAAAUGACAAUUUAUUUUGUAAUAAUAUUAAUAAUAUUUUAUCUAAUAAAAUAAUUAACAAUUAUAUAUAUGAUAUGUUUUCCUUUGUUAUAAAAGGAGAGGGUAUAAAAUGUUAUUUAAAAAUAGAACCAGAAUAUAUAAAUUUUCAUAAAGUCUUAUUAAAUUCGGUUCAGAAAAAAAAUAUCGAAAUUAAGAAUAAAAGUUAUUGCGAUAUUGUAUGGUAUAUUGAUUCUAAUAGUAUAAAAGAUAAGUCGUUUUAUAUAAAUCCUACAAGGGGUACAUUAAAUAAAAAUGAAAGAAAAAAAAUCAUAACAAUUGGUUUAAAUACAAAUACUGUUAAGAUGAUAAAAAAGGAAAUUAAAAUAUAUUAUUCAGAAGCGAAAAUAAAUAAAAAUGAUAAAGUGUGUAUUAAUAAUUUAUGUAAUGCUAUAUUAAAUAUAGAAGCAGACAUAUGUAUAUCUUUUAUACAAGUAAAUUUUGAGAUCAUAGAUGAGAAAAUAUUAUAUGAUUAUAAUAAUCAUACACAUACUGAGGAUGACAUAAAAAAGAAAGAAAAUAAUUUUGUAAAAGAAUAUGUAACUAUAUUAAAAAAUAGAAGAAAAGAUAAAUGGUAUCCUUCAAACGAAUUACUAUUAAAUAAUGUUAUUGAAAAUGUUAUUCAAAUGAAAUAUGUUCCUGUGAAUGAAUCUAAAAUUUGCUUGUUUAAAAUAAAAAAUACAGGAAAAGUGGGAAUACAUUAUUUUGUAGAAAUAAACGAUGAAACAUUCUUACAAUAUAUAACUAUUAAUGAUAUAUAUAAUAUUAUAAAUAUGAACAAAGAAAAAGAAAUACAAUUAAAAAUUAAAUCAUAUAAAAAAAUAAAAUUUCAAAAUAUAGAUUUAUUUAUACAUAUAUGGGAUAGUAUAGAAAAUAAUUAUAUUCAAUCUUAUAAAUAUAUCCUAAGUGUAUCUUUUGAUUAUAAUUAUCUCAAGAUUGUUCCUCAUGUAAUUAACUAUGAUUCAGUUGAAAUAAAAAAAGAAGAAACCAAAAUUUUUAAAAUAAUUAAUGAUGGUUAUUUCGAUUUUAAAUAUGAUAUUAAAUUGUUAAAAACUAAAAUAAAGAAUAAAAAAUAUCAAAAUGAAAAUUUAGUAUUUCAUAAUAAAAAAAAUAAUAAAAAUUUAGAUAAAAUAAUUAAAAAUAACAUUGAAGCAAAUAAAAACCCUUUUAAAAUUAAUCCGAUGAGCGGGAUGAUAAAAUCAAAGGAAGAACAAGUUAUAACGGUUGUAUUUUAUUCUGAAGAAGAAAAUUAUUAUAAAUAUAUAUACAUAGUACAAGUUGAAAAUUUAAUAUCUAGCAUUGGAAAUAAUAAUAACAUGAACACUAAUAUAAUAAAUAAUGUUACAUAUAAUAAGGAAUAUAAAAAACAGAUGAAAGAUACUAUCAAUGAUACAGAUAAAUACAAUGAAAUUAUUAAACUGUUUGCCUGUUCUGUUAAACCAAAAAUAUCAUGUGAUAUAAAAAAUAUAUUUGAAGAAAUGUUUAUACUAAAUAAUUUGAAUAAUUACCAUCAUUUUGUUCAUUAUUUUUUAACAAAAAGUAGCUAUUAUAAUGUGGAGGAAAAUACAUUAUAUUAUAAAUAUGGUUACGUUAAUGAAUAUAUAAAUGAAAGAAUAAAAAUUUCUAACAUUGCAGAUGUUAAUGCUAAUAUAAAAAUAGAAAUGAAAGACAUCGAUUUUUCUUCUUUAACUAAUAAGAGUAAGAAAAACAAAGAAGUCGAAAAAAAUAAAAAAAACGAAACAAAUAUUUCACAAAAUUCGAUUAUAAAAUAUAAUUUAAAAAUUCAAAAUUAUAAUGAAGAGAAAUACAAUUGGAACUGUAAUUAUAUAAAAAAUGACAAUCUUCCAAAUGAUAUAAAUGAACAAUUUAUUAAUAAAUAUAAUAUAAAAACGUGUGUUUCUGAUAAUAUUAUUAUAUAUCCAUAUCAACAUAAAUUUGUAGAUAUUUGUUUCCAUUCAACUCAAAUAGCUUGUAAAAAAUUUCUUUUCAAUAUUUAUAUGAUAAAACCAGAACAUAUAUUAUGCUAUUCAUUUUAUAUAAAUGUUGAAUUCUCUUUACCAUCUGUUCAGUUAAUUAUGCCAUCAUACUUAUUAAAACUAACUAAUAAGGUACAUGACAAAGUUAUAGACAUUGGAAAUAUACAUAUAAAUAAUGUUCUAUGUUUUAAAAUAGAAUUAAUGAAUUCGUUCAAAUAUCCUGUUAUGGUUAAAGCUAUUUGUCAUAAAAAAGAAAAUAAUCAUGAUAAUAUCAAGAAUGAGUUGAUUCAUAAUCUUUCAUAUAUAAAUCAAAAGGAACAAAAUAAUAUUACACUAGAUAAAAAAGAAAAUGAAUCAAUUCAAUAUAAUAAUUCAUAUAACAGUCAUAAAGAAGAUGAAAAUAUAAUAUAUAUACAACAAAAUAAAAAAUUAUCACAAACAGAAAUUAAGAAAAAAAAAAAUAUAUUAACAUCUGAUGUAUGUCAAAAUAUAUAUCAAAAUGAAAAAACAAUAACCAAUGAAUGUUUUAAUAAUAAUAUAAAUAUAGGUUAUCCAAGAGUAGAAGAAAAAAAGGAACUAUAUAAUAAUAUUACAAAUAAUGAUACUAGUUUAUUCAAUAUAGAUAAUAUAAAAAUAAAAAAAAAAAAUAACAUUACAUAUUUCAAUUAUGAAAAUGUUAAAGAUAUAAUAUAUCACCCAAGAUGUUGUAACCAUAAAAAUAAUAUUUAUUCUAUUGGAUAUUUAUGUUUCAUAGGUAAUAUAAAUAAUUUGUUAAGAGAAAAUGAAGUAACAUAUUUUAAAAUUGAACUCAACAAAAAUAAAUUAAAAUAUAUAGAAUAUAAUAAAAAUCAAAAUGAAACGUAUUCACAGGGAAUAUAUAAUACUCCAGCAAAAAAUACAGAUAUAACUAAUUCUGAUAAUCUAAAUAUUAAGGAAAAUAAAUAUAAAAAUGAUAUAGACAUUACAAAGGUAAAUGAAAAAAAUAAAACCAAUAGUAUAAAUAUAAAUAUAAAUAAAAAUAUAAAUAAAAAUAAAAAUGAAUGUGUCACGUCCAAAAAUGAUCAACAUAAUAAUGUUAUACAUAAUAUAAAUGAGAAGAAAAUUUUAGGUAAUAUACAAAUUAAAGUUUUAAAUAAUAAUUAUGAAUCUUAUAAUUUGAAAUUCAUAGGAAAUAUUAUUGAACGCAAAAACUAUUGGAAUUUAAAACAUUUAAAAUAUCAUAUUAAAAAUAUAUAUAAUAAUAAAUUUUAUAUAUUUAAAAAUCAUAUAAAUUUUGAUAUUGUCCCUUUGAAUUUUAAACAUACUUAUAAAUUAUUAUAUAUAAAUGAAAAUAAUCAUACAUUAUAUUUUAAUAUUGAUUUAGAUAAAAAACUUAAAAAUGUUAUAGAUAUAAAACCUACUAAUGGUUCUAUACCAUCAAGUAGCUCUUUCUAUUUCUAUUUCAAUAUAGAGGUAAAGGAGUUAGUUAAUUUUAUGGACCGUCCAAUAUUAUGUAAAUUUUCUCAACAUGAAAUAUAUAAAAAUAAAAAAAAUGUUAAAUUAAAUGAUGAUAAUUUAAUAUAUGAUGAAGAUGAUUUAUAUAUAAGUUUAAGAUCUGAAGAAAUAAAAGUUUCAUAUAAACAAAAAAAAAUUCAUUUUAAAAAUAUACCUUUAUUUAAUUAUUCUAAAUAUAAGUUUACUUUACAAAAUAUAUCAAAUGUAAAAUUAUUUGCAGAAUUAUCUAUUACUCCUAAUAAUUACAUGGAUGACAUAUUAUCUACUUAUUCAUUUGAACCAUUUAAAGAAAAAAAUAUGCUUACAAUUAUAAAAAAUAAAGCUACAAAUGCAUUUACAUAUAAUACACAACAUGUAGACAAUAAUACAUUUUCAUCUUCUUAUCGAAAUGACAAUGAUAAAAAAAAAAACCUAAUGGAUAAUUUAAUUAGAAAUAAUAUAGCAGAAGAUAAUUGUGCUAAGGAACAAAGUGGAUCCAUUGAUGAGUUUUAUUUAACCAAAUAUGAUUUGAAUAUAUCUGAUUUAAAUAAUAUGAAUAAAAGUGAUAUACAAAAUAUUUAUAAUGACACACUACAUGAGGAACAACCAACAAAAAAAAAGACAGAAAUUGAAAAUUAUACAAUUAAAAAAUAUAUUACAGUUAAAGCAAAAAGUAAUAAAGAUAUAAAUAUUUAUUGUUUUCACAAUAUAUAUAAACAAAAAUUAGAAUCUAGCCUACAUAUAAAAAUUAAAUAUUAUGAAGAUAUUAAAAUACCCAUAAAAAUGACCUUUGAUAAUUAUGAUAAAGAAAAAACAAAAAUAAAUGAUUUCUUUUUAUUGUCAAAAUUUAAAUAUUCAAAACAAGUGAUGGAUAAAAAGGAAAAUAACAAAAUGAAUAAUUUAUAUAAAAAUAAACAUCAUAUUUUAGUAAUUAGCAGAGGUAUAUUAAACAAAAUUUUUUAUAAAAUAUAUAUGAUAAAUAUGUCGAAUAAACAAAUAGAAUAUUAUUUUGAGAAAUACAAAGAAAUUGAUGAUUCAAGUAUGAUUAAAUACCCUAAUAUAACAAAUAAUGAUAAGAAUAAGUUUAUAAAAAAUAAUAGUACAAAUAAUUCUAUCGAAUGUGUAAAUAAUAAAGGUAACAUUAAUGAAAAUAAUUUAUAUUUUUCUAAAUUUCUUUUCCAAACCUUUAAUUCAAUACCAUAUAAACAAAAUUAUAAUUUAUUUAUAAACAAUGAAAAAGAAGAAAAUGUUAUAUUUGAUUUAAGGGUAAUAGAACCAAUCAUAUUUUUUAAUACAUCUUUUAUACAUUUAAAUAAUUUAAUACUUGGAAAAAGCUAUUGUUUUAUAUUUUAUUUAAUAAAUUUCGAUUUUAUCGACAUCCAUUUUGAAUUUGAUAAAAACUCAUAUAAUUCAUUUAAUGCCAAAAAGGAAACCAUCAAAAUUAUUCCAUCUGAAGGGAUUGUAAAAUCCUGUUAUAGAAAAAAUAAGUAUAUAAAUAAUUAUAUAAAUAAGUUAAAUAAUAAACAUGAGGAAGGUGUCAACGAUUAUGAUAAUAAAAAUAUGAAGACAAAUAAUUUAAGAUCUCUUUCAGGGUUAUCUUCACAGGAUGAAGGAGAUAUUGUAUCUCAAAAUUCAUAUAAUGAUCAUAUUACAUUGAAUUAUAAUAAUAAUAAAAUGAAAUUUUUAGAAAUAAAUAAUGCGAAUAAGGUUAAAGUCAAACAAAGAGGGGCAGAGAAAGAUUCAUUUGCUCAUAUACACGAGAAAAGUAAUUCCAGAAACAAUAGUUCAAACUCAUCAUUUUGUACUUUUUCAAAUAUGUCUUAUAGUGAAUCGUCACAUUGUAAUAUUAUUAGAAAUAAUAAAAAUAAUGUAUCGAGGCAAGGAUAUAAUGAUAAUACAGAUAUAUAUUUUCUUAAGAACGAUAUGGUAAAUUAUAGAAGCGAUAAUAUAAGAAAAAAUAAUAAUAAUUAUUAUGAUGAUGCUAAUAAUUCUUAUUAUGAUGAUGUUAAUAAUUCGUAUUCAUCUGAAACGAAUGAAUCAUAUAUAGAUAAUAUAUCAUCUGAUGAAUAUGAAUAUGAUAACAAUAUUAUGAAUAAAUUCUUUCUUCUAAAUUAUUAUUUAAAAAAUAUAUGGAAGACAAAUAAUAUCGUACUUAAAAAAGAAAUUCAACAUAUUAUAGGAAAAGGUGGAAUUAAAAAAAUAAAAUUAUUUUUUAAACCUCACAUGGAACAAUUUUAUAAUUUUAGUCUUUUGUGUAAAAUAGAUUCAAAGGAAGAACCAUUAAAAAUAAAUUUUAAAAUGCAUGUUAAUAAACUUAAUAUAAAAUGUUAUAUAGAAAAUUAUGAUAAAGAACACAUCACACUUAACUUAGAUAAUUCUUUAUCUAUUAAAAAGAAAAAAAAUAAAUAUGAUAUGAUUCAUAUAUAUGAAAUUAUAAAUUUUAAAGAAACUAUAAUAGGUAAAAAAAAAAUGGCCAAAUUUGUAUUAGAAAAUCUAUGUAACUUUGAUUUAUUUUAUAAAUAUUAUUUACAAAAAGAAGAUGAUGAAAUUUCUAUAACAUGUAGUAAUAAUAUUAUAAAAAAAAAUUCAUUCUUCUAUAUAAAUAUAGAAUAUACUUCUUUAAUACACAAUAUAUAUGAAAAUCAUCUAACUCUUAAUAUAAAUGAUUAUUAUGUAAUAAACUUAAAGAUUACAGCUAUGUCAACAAAUGUAUUAAUACAUUUCUCUUUUUAUAAUUAUGAUUUUGGAAAUCUUAUUUUAUUUCCAAAUGUAGAUAAAAUUGAAAAUACAAACGUAAUAUGUAUGGAGGAAAAUUAUCUGGACAGCUUUUCUUCAUCUGAUACAUCUCUCUCUUCAUUAAUAUGUACACAUAAAAUAAAUGAGCUCAACGAGAAAAAAAUGCAAAUGAAAAAAGAAAUGGACUUGAAAAUAGAAGAAAAGCAUGAUAAAAAGAGCAAAGGAAAAGGAAGUGAACAAAAAUGUGAUAAAGAAGAAAAGAUAAGGAAAAAGCAAAAAAAGGAUAAGAAAAAUAAAACUAAAAAAAAAAAUGAAAAAAAUAAAAGUGAAAAUAUAUGUGAAGAAGAGGAAAAUAUGAAUAAGGAUAAUUUAAAUGAUAAGAAUGUUAACAAGGAUAAUCAUGUAAAUAACAACAACAACAAUAAUAAUAAUAAUAAUAAUAAUAAUAAUAAUGUAGAUAAUAAAGUCCGUGAAAAAAACAAUCAAUCUAACAAAAAACAAAAUAAAGAAAAAAAUGACAAGGCGGGUUAUAUGAAUAAUUUACAAAAUAUUCAACAUGAAGAAAAAAAUAAAAAUAAUAAUACAAAUAAAGAUGAAAAUGUUGUCACAAAACAUAUUAAUAGAAUAAAUUAUAAUGAUACAAAUAAUAUACAUCCCAACAAUUUGGAUAUAAACAAUAUUAAUCGUAAUAUUAACACUGUAGAAACAAAAUUAUUCAUACAUAAUAAUAAUGACGAAGAUUGUUAUAUAGAAUAUGAACUAAAUGAAUGUUGUUUAAAAAUUAACAACCUUGAUAAAAAAAUACAUAUAAAAGGAAAAAGUAAAACAUUUCUUCUUAUUUCAUUUACUCCCAAUGAAGAAAAAGAUUAUAGUUUUAAAAUUCCAUUUAAAAUAAAUAAUGAUUCAAAAAAAAUUGUUUAUAUUAAUUUGAAAGGUUCAGCUAGCCAUUUUAAGUUACCAUUUUCAUGUAAUAAUUUAAACGAAAUAAAUUUUAAAGACAUUAAUGUAGAUAAAGAAGUAAUAAACAAAUUAGUUCUUCAUAAUAAAAAUAUGGAAGAUAUUUCUUUCAAUAUAUUAAAUUAUAAAGAUUUAUGUAAAUAUUAUCUAUCAUUUAUUAAUUUUGAUAAUAAUACAAGUCACAUUUUAAAAAGGAAAGAAAAAAAAACAUAUGAAAUAAAAUUUGCUCCAAAAAAAUAUAUAAAAUUACAAAUCCCUUUAUAUUUAAAUAUAUAUUAUAAAGGUAAAUGUAUAGCUUAUUAUUUAACACAUAUUAACAUGAAUAGUAUAUCUUAUAAAGUUAUAAUAAAGGAGAAUUUAUUAACAUUCAAUAAAAUAGACAUACUAGAUGAAGAAAAUAUUAUUAAUGAUAAUAAUAGUAUUUGUGAAAUUAAUCAUAUAAGAGAACAAUAUUUCAAACAUUUAAGUAAUAAAAAUGGUGUAAGGGGAAAAAAAAUACAAUUACAUAAUACAGGAGACAUGAAUGCUCAAUUUCAAAUAAUUUAUCCUCAAAAAUAUGAAAAAUAUUUAUUUUUAUAUCCAAAAAAAGGAAUUAUAUUCUCAUUUAAUUUAGUAAAUAUAUAUAUUUAUAUAGAUACCGAUUAUAUUAAAAAAGAUAUAUAUAUAAAUGAUGUUUAUAUACAAUUAUAUCCUAAAUUUAAUAAAAUAAAUUGUAAAUUAGCACUUAAAUUAUUUGUUACUGUUCCUAGGAAUUCAUUGAAACAUACUAAAAGUAGUUAUAAAAAUUUUUCAAAAUUAAAUAACGAAAAUAAUGAUCAUGAAAAAUAUAAUAAUGAUGAUGAUAAUAAUAAUAGUAAUAAGAAGAAAGAACAAAUUGUAAAAGAGGAACAAGUUACCAAAAAAAAUAAAAAUAUAGAACAAAAUGAUAAUGUUUCGAAUGAAGAAAAAAAUAUCAAAUUAUUUGUCUUAAAAAAUGAAACUAUAAUUACAUUUAUUACAGAUAUCAGAAAAGAAAUAUAUAAAAUUAUUGAAAUAUAUAAUGAAACAUCAUCAAAUUUUAAAAUAAAAUACAAAUUUUUAUAUAAUGAACAUAACUUUUUCUCUAUAGAAAAAUGUGAAGACAUAAUAAAACCAAAUGAUUAUGGAUCUUUUCAGAUCGUUUAUAAUCCACUUUUUGUUGAAAAAAAUAAAAAAAAUAGUAAAAAUUAUCAUAACAAUUUAUGUGAAAAAUAUGUAAAAUAUUGUUCUAAUAUUCAUCAUAUAUCUAAAUUGAUAAUAUAUUAUCCAAAUGAAGCUGCUAAAAAUUAUACAUUAUUAGGUUAUUCUAAUAAUAUAGUGUAUGAAAAAAAUGUUUUUUAUAAUUUUAAUUCAAAGAAUUUGAAUAAUACCUCUAUAAAAAUUAAAAACUGGUUAAAUGAAAGUCAAAAUUUGUCUAUCUCGUACUACACAUGUGAUAAGGAGGGUAAUCCUUCAAAUAUCAAUUAUUUUUAUUUUUACAUCCUCAAUCAAAUCGAUUUGUGUAGUAAAGAAGAAAAGAAUAUCGCAUUUAAAGUUUUAUCAUUAAAAGAUGGAGUGUUUUAUGUCAUGCUAAUACUUUCCAAUAAAAAAUACGAAGAUGUAUAUAAAAUAUUACUACAGUUUGAAAUUUGUAGAAGUGAAAUUUUGUCCAUAAAAAAUAUACACAGAUCGAAGAAAGACAUAAUUAAAGAACAUGUAGUUAUUUAUAAUCCUCUUGAUGAAAAUGUAGAAAUGGAACCUUUGUUUGAUUAUAAUUAUAUAUUUGUUCAAAAGCCAAUAAUAUUAGAGAAACGAAAAAAUAAUAAUAUAAAUAUAUAUUUUUGUAUAGUCAAGGAAGAAGAAGAGAAACAUGUUAUAAUUUCCUUUACCAAUAAAAUUUUAGGAUCUUAUAGUUUUAAAUUUAUUUUAAAUAUUAAUAUGUAUGAUUUUGAAGAAAACUUUUAUUUUAAUACAGAUCUAGGAUCAAUACAAGUGAAUGAAGUUUCUUUUACGAAUGUUUGUAACGAGAAAAUAAAUUAUGAUGUUAUGAUAGAAGAUUUUGACGAACACAACAAAAAUGCUAAAGAAAUAUUUCAAUGUAUUGAUAAAAUAAGUGUUAAACCUAUUGACACGGAUUAUUUUUUAAAAAAUGGAAUAAUAAAUAAUGUAACUGAUAAAAUUAAUCUAACUAUUAAAUAUAAUCCUUCAGAUAUUAAAAUAAAUAAGGCUAUCAUAAAAUUGAUAUCUAAAGAAGGAAUCGUGUAUAAGGGUUUAAUUAUGGGAAAAAGUGUAUCACCUAAACCGAAAGGACCCAUAUUUUGUUCAUCACAAAAAACUACAUUUUUAAGUUUUACAAAUCCAUUUCUUCAUAUAAAAGAAUUUUUUAUUACGACGGAUGAUUAUUUCUCUGUUUCAAUUGAAAAUUUAAAAAUCGAAGGGCGAGAAACUGUUCAAAUACCUAUAAAAUGCAAAACAACCAAUGCAACAUCAGGAAAACUUUUAAUUAAAUCCGAAGAUGAUGUUGUAUGGAUGUAUUAUUUGACAGGACAAUAA